ACUUUUCCAAGCUUCAAAAACAAACUGUUAACUUAUUUAUCUGUCGCAAAUACAAUUUUUUAGAUCUCAUCCUAAUUCCAUCUUGGACUGUUGAGAAAUUGCAGUUUCCAUAUAAUUGAUAUAUCUUCCUUCUACAAAGCCCCAUCAAUUUCUCCAUCGCACCUUGCAAACACUUAGUCAAUUACCUUAAACACAAUGGCAGAACCAAUUGAACCACCCAUCACCGUAUCCCAACAAGCAGCCGCGGAUCUUGAAGCCUAUAAUUCUGCUAAAGUAUCACUUGCCGAAUAUUGUGCUAAAGGAACUGCCGAGUAUGCACAAAAGCGCUACGAUGAUGCCGUAGAUCACUAUGCGCAGGCCUCGGAAUUGCAAGCUGAAAUCAAUGGAGAAAUGGCGCCGGAGAAUGCAGAAAUUCUGUUCUUGUACGGAAGAGCACUAUUCAAGGUUGCGCAACAACAAAGUGAUGUUUUAGGUGGUAGGGCUGGUGGUGAGAAACAAAAACCGAAGAAGAAGAAUGGUGGAAAGAAAGUAGGUACUAUCGAAGAAGAAGAUGAGACUGUGAAGACGGAAGUAGAGAAAAGGGAUGAGACUAUGAAGACAGAGGCGGAAGAAAAGGCCGAUGAAGUGGCAGAGGAAGCAGUUGCGAUAAUCGAAAACGGAGGCGCAGCCAAGAAAGAGGACAGUACAGAUCUAAAGAAGCCUUUAUUUACUUUUACCGGAGAUGAAAAUUUUGAAGACUCAGACGAAGAGGAAGAGGCAGAGGGAGAAGAUGAUGAAGAGGAGGAUGACCCUCUUAAUCUUGCUUUCGACAUUUUGGAUUUGGCGCGUGUACUAUUUGAGAAGAGGUUGCAAAUGGAUGAGGGCGAGGGCAAAGGAAAGGGAACCGGUGACACUGCUAUGACUACUCAUAUAAAAGAGAGGCUUGCGGAUACACGCGAUCUUUUAGGGGAGAUAUCCCUCGAAAAUGAAAGGUCAGAAAGUCACUGCUAUGAAGUCCGAUCAAUUGCUAAUACUCUUAUAGAUUCCCAGCUGCGGUGUCAGACUUCAGAGAAUCACUCGCUCUAAAAGAAAGUUUAUACCCAGAAGAAGAUGAACAAAUCGCUGAAGCUCAUUACAAACUAUCCCUCGCGCUGGAAUUUGCAUCCAUUACACAAACAGAAACCGAUGAGAAGAAGCCCAACGCAGGAGCCGAAAACGUCGAUGAGGAAAUGAGAGCUGAAGCCGUUAAAGAACUAGAACUCGCAAUCAAGAGUACAAAACUUAAGUUACAUAACCAAGAAGUUGAACUGGCAGAAACUGCCAUUGCAGAAGACAACGAUGUUACGAGACACAGAAUUGCCGACGUUAAGAGUAUUGUUGCGGAUAUGGAGCUUCGUGUACGCUGUCCCCUUCCUAUUCGUACACUUUGACUCCUUGACUCUUACCGCGUGAUAUCCGCUAACACUACUAUUCCACAGCUAAAAGAGCUCCGCGCUCCACCAGUCGAUAUCAAUCAAGCCGUUGCUGCAGCCCUCGCUCCAGCCGGAGCACCUCAAUCCAAUACCACGAGUGGAAUUUUAGGAAAUAUCCUCGGUGAAUCUGCAUCCGACACCGCAGCACGCGUUGAAGAAGCCAAAAAGACAGCCACGGAUCUAACAGGUUUAGUUAGACAUAAGAAAAAGGAAACCAAAGAUUUACCAAUACAGGCAGGUUCAAAGAGAAAAGCGGAAGAAGAGCCAGAAGCGGAGGGCGAAAGUAGUGAUGGAGGAAAGAGAAAAAGCAAAGGUGGCUAGUGUAGAGGACAAUGGCGAGGAAGCUACUUAGUUUUUCUAGUUCGUUACGAGAAAGAUGCGAAAAAGAUACGAUACCGGCACUUAUGAAAUUGAAGCAUAUGAAAUGAACAGCGGAUGGAGGCACGGUACCGAGGAGCGGAUGUAAUGUAAAUUGGAAAGCGGCAAAUAGGCGUCUAUAUGAUAUUAAGAUUACACAGGAUACCUACUUAUUUACUAUGAGUUAUCUCCGUGAUAAUUCAAAUCAAGUCUU